AUCACGCGGUAAUUGCGUAAAGUGGUGACGAAAAUGUGGCAAUGGCUAAGUAUAGGUUUCCGGGCAAAGCCCUAAAACUUAGUGGCAAGAAAAAAGUUCGUUAUGAAAAUUGGAGUAAGAAUUGUGCCAUUGAAGACAGUUAUUCUUGUAAAAUUGUGAGAGGGUUGAAAAUAUUCAGAGAAUUAUUCGGCGCUUCGGAAGAGGAAUGUGAGCCUGACUUUGAAGGUUUUCAAGAUGACAGUCAUCCCUGCAGAGAAGCACAUCAGCAGCUCUCAGACCUUGGCUCUGUGACAUCCACACCAGAGGGUUCCUCCUGCCCUCAAGACCAGAGCCACAGAGAAGAUGCUCAUUACAAAAGUGGCAAGAAGCCUUUUGGAGAUGAUACUGCAUUUGUUGAAACCCCUUCUGAGGCUGGCAAGCCAACAUUGCUCUCAUCAACAGGAAAGAAAACUGGAAGACUAAGAAAGCCCUCCAGAAAAGCCCUUGAAGGAGAUGGAGAAACCCAAAGUAAAGCCAAAGUUGCACAUGCCAGAUUAAACUGUUCACUAUCCAAUGUUGUGAGGAGCAGCAAUAGGCUUGUUGAGCCCAUUAGAAACAAAUAUGAGGAUGACUUCACACCUCCAGGCAUUCCCAGCCGCAGUUCUCCCAGCCCUGACCGGGGAGGGGAUAGAGUCAGCCGAAACAUUGCUCUUUAUGCAGACACCAUCUCCAACAUUCUGCCUGUGGCAUGCACACGUCCUACCAGGAGAAGUGUAGCGGUGGCAGCAGACAAGGCUGGCCAGGUGGCACCUGAGGCCCUCAAACUGCAUGACAAGAUAGAGAAGCUUCUGCAGUCUCCGUGGGAUGAGCGCAUCAGGCUCUCAGCUGCCAACAACAAGGUCUCAGCAGGCGCUGCGCACUCUGUGGCCGUCUCCAAGAAUAUACUCCGCAAGGCUCGUCUGAAUCUCAACAAACGCACGCUGCAGAAAAUCAGAAACCCUGUGUCCGUGCAGCACCUGCUGGUGCAGCAGAGGGAGGCUGGCGGCAGCUGCGGUGUGUGCCAAGUAUGGGGCUGCUGGGAGACGCUCUACAACACAACCUGCUGUCAGCAGUGCACCUCCUUCCUGUCAUCCCUGGCAGACAAGUCACUUCUUCAGGAGAUACCAUGCAGCCUAGGGUGUGGUGGGUGCCAGCUCAAUGGCAUCUCUGCAGAGGCGCGCUGCAGGGCCUGCUGGCUGUGCCAAGCUCUACUCGCGUGCACUCUGCCCAGCCUGCAACAUGACAGGCUCAGGAAGAGGCUGCCGUCUGUCCUCAAGCAGAAGGUGCCUACAAGCCUCGCGAGGAGCGUGUGUGCCUCUGAGGCUUACCCUGGCAAGCUCAGCACUUUGAGUCCCAUAGGGCUGGAUGCAUCUGCGGGAAUGUUUGGUUGUGUUGUGGACCUGCCCGGCGGGUGGAAGAGGAAGACCGGCCCUGAAGUGGUCGUCAUUGCCCCCUCAGGAGAGCGCUUCAAAUCUAUCCCUAAACUUGAGGAAUACCUCCUAAGGUUGGGCGUGUGUGCUGAUGCCCGGGUGCUGUUUGGGGGCUGUGAUCCUGCUGCUGUGGGGCCUAAAGGUAGUCAGGGCUCAGCAGCCACUGAUCUUGAUUUUAUUAACAGUACUUCAGAUGAAGGCAAACUUCCCAAGAAGAAAAAGAAGAAGAAAAAGAAGAAGCACAAGAGCAGGUGCCGCACUAAGGAUGAAGCAAGACUGAGGGUUGGUAGCAAUGGCACCACGAACAAUAAUUGCAUCACAACUACCUUGCCUGGUGGAUGGGUGAGGCGCACAGUCUUCAGGCAGUCCAAUGGUAGGGCAAGGUUUGACGUGUAUGUCUUCAGCCCCGAUGGACGAACUUUCAGGUCCCGCAAGCACUUGGCUGCUUAUUUCCAGCAAAUAGGCAAAGUGGACGACGUCAAUAAAUAUUUCCCAUUGUUCCAUGAGAGACGCAGCCCAACUGCAACCUCUGGCGAGCUCACUGAGUCGAGCACAGAGCCUGAGUCCAGACCUGAGUCAGUCUCCGAGGUUCUGUCAGAGACUGACGAGAACGAGGUUCUGUCUCCGGCCGCCUCUGACCAUGAAGAAGAGGGGGGCAGGGACGCCGUGCCCCAGGUCGUGGGUAGUCCAAAGGAGCCGUUGUUGGAUGUAUCGUGCGGUGAUGCUAGUCAUGAGGAUUUUGUUGGCUUUGAGAGCAAAUGCCCUGCAGUACAAAUAGAGUCUGUCGAGACCCCUGUAGAUACGGUGAAGAGAGAUGGGACAACUGGUGAUAUUCCUGGUGAUAUAUCAUGUGAUAAUAAUUCUAGUGUAGAUAUCGCAAAAAGCAAGAGAAUUUCUAUUAGUUUCCCAAUUCCUGUUGAACAAUCCAUAUACGAGGUGUGUCAAAGAGUUGAACACAAGGAACCUCCUAAGUUCAAGGCGUUCCAGACGCAGCAUUUGGACGGCGGUUGGUCGCGCAAAAUUAAAUGGAAUCAAGAAGGUGUGGGCAAAGUUUCAUUUGUGGUCACACCUGCUGGAUCUAAGAUCCACUCAAACCUUGAACUGCAAGCCUACUUCAAGAAGGAGGGCGGCUCCACUCUGGAUGCUGCUAAAUAUUUCCCUAACCAACUGAGACGAGAGGACGUCCCUGCCAACGUGAUUCCCUCGCCUCGGGUCUUCAAGCUCAAACAAAACGUCGUCAAGAGGGACAAGAAGAAACAGCAAUUAUGUGAUGUGACCGCCGUUUCCUCAGUGGACGGCGGCGUUUUGGCCGCGCCCCUGCCGGUGGAGGCGUCCCCUGGGCCGCGCAUCAAACGUGUCUGCAGGAGUCUGGAGCAGGCACUUGGGAUGCCCAGGGCGACGUUCCCACCUCUCGAAAACAAGGACCCGGGAACUGACAAGGAUGGCGAGGCUGACAAGGAUGGUGGAGCUGACAAGGAAAUCGGAGCUGAGAAUGUGGACACAGCCGACAAGGGCAAAGCUGACGAGGGUGGAGCAGACAAGGAGAAUAAGGACGUGCUGGAGACCGAGUCUUCUGGGAGCGCAUACGAGUCAGCGACGAGCGCCGCCACCUCGGAUGCUCCCUAUGACCCCAGCAACAACACCAACAAUAACAACAAGAAGAAGAAGCUGAAGAAACAAGCCAAGGUUUAUUCCGUGACGCUCACGGCCGCCGGCAAGGUGGGGGCUGUUGUGCAGCGGCGCUGCAUCAACCCUCGGCUAUCCGUGCAUUCGAGCAUGCAGGCGCCUGUCAUCCCAAAGGACGUCCCCCAGGAUGCACCUACGUCACUACCUUCAAAAGACGCUCCUCCUGAAGGCGACAAGACCAGUGUGGGCGCUAAGAAGGUUCCUGCAAAGGCCACCAAACGCGCCAUCAAGAAGAUGGAGGAGAUGCAGCGGCGCGCUGAGCAGGAGGAGCAAGAGGACCUGGCCGACCAGAGCUGGAGGAGCAGUAGAAGGGCGGCAUCUGCUGGGGUCGACCUAGACAGGAGCGUUUUCGUGCCCCAGCAGAUCAUGAGGCCUCCUGUGGAGAAUAAGGAGAGAGGUGAUGCGGAGGUGAGCAAGUGCGCCGCCCCUGGGGCGCUCGUCAAUAUUGACUACUGGCGGGGCUGCGGCGGCGACCUCCUGCAGGAGGGCUUCCCUGUGCUGCAGUCUGCACCCCUGCACCUGACGGCGCUCUGCUACACCUGCGGUUCUGCGGGUGCUGAGGAGAUGCUGUGGUGCAGCUGGUGCUGCGAGGGCGUCCACCCGUACUGCCUGGGGGAGGGCGAGGGCCCCCAGAGUAGCAAGGAGGAGCAGAGUUGGGUGUGUCGACGGUGCGCCGUGUGCCACGUGUGUGGUGCUUCCCACCACCCCAGCCUACCCCUCCACAGGUGCUCUGCGUGCCUAUUCUACUACCACCUGCAGUGCCUGGGGCCCGGCGCUCACGGUUCAUGCAGUCCCCCCAACCACGCCUUGUGGGAAUGGGACUUGUUGAGGCAUUUGAGUUGGUCGUGGCCGCCCCCGCCGCCGCUUUUCAGCGUUCGUUGUGACAGCGGACAGGAAGAUUGCCUCUACAGCCCGGCGUCUCAUCCAAGCCUUAAGAAGCAGAACUCUUGCCAAGAAGCUGCUUUACCCAUCACACAGUUUGAUAAAAUCUGCGUUUAUAGCAGCGAUAUAUCAACAAACCCAGGAUUACUUGAUGCCAAGUUGACCAAGGAACUGGAAACAACUGUUCUCACCCUCCUCGAUGACGUGCCAGAGUUUACAGAUAGCAACGAAGAACCUGUUAUCUACGCCCUGCCUCCUGCUGGCGGCACCAGACAAGACUCGGAAGCUUUGGACCUUCCUGAGGUGACGUGCGUCACGGACGAUCUUGGCAACCUGGACCUCAUGGAGAUAGAGGGCAUGGACCUGGACUCUCUCAUCGAAGGUCUUGAUGAUCCCGACGACAUCUUUGAGGAUCAGUUCAACGACAACAACGUCAUCGAGCUCCUGAUGAACGUAGAGUUGUCAGGCCCUUCGGGUGGCGCAAGCCGCACAGUGCUUAGCAUGGCGGAUGAUGAGUACCUCUGCUUGGGCUACAAGAAGAUCACUGAAUAUACGCGCUCCGUGGAGCUCUCCAACUUCCGCCUGCUGCAGAUGGCGCAGGUUGAGCUGUUCUCUGCCUUGGGCUGGCCCAGUGUCAAGGAACUGGAGCGCAAGCAAGUGAUCAGUUACAGACGACGCGGCAGGAGGAAGCUCUGCCAUGCUGAGGUGACCGCGCCAUGUCGCUGCGACUCUGACACGGACACAGCUUCUGAAGGAUCUGAGGCCUCCUCGGGGGAUGAAGAGGAGCUAGACUGGCCCUGCGUGCUGAGGACGCGUCGUCAGGAGGUCCUGGAGAAGCACAAAGACCGCCUGCUCCUGAAAGAGGCACAGCGCAGACUCUGCAAAGAAAUGGAGGACGUGAAACUAAGACAACUCAAGGAAAAGAUGCAACGCUUCAAGAAGAAAGAACAAAAGAAACUCGUGAAGAGAAUAAAAGUUGUUGCCAAGCGUAGCUCUGUUGACCAAGAGGAACAAGCAGAAGACGAUGACGAUAUGUGGGAGCCAAUACCGCGCAAGAAGAAGAAGAAGUUCAAGAAGCAAGUCAAGGAAGAGAAGGCGGAGGUCGAGGCUGUUAUGAACGAGCCCUUCACUCAGUACGACGAGUUGUUCUUCAGGCCUCCCAGUGAUGAGGAAGAUCAUGAGGACUUUAGGCGGACGAUGGCGGCCGCGUGGCGCCCCAGCAACUUCCAGGAGCUUGACUUCUGGCUCGCUUACCGUGAGAACUUGGGUAAAGCUGAGUCUUGUCCUCGGCGGAGGUAUAAAAGACGUAUUUCAGAGGAUGAAAUAAGCAAGCAUGAGCAAGAACCGUUCCCUGAAGAUGCUGAGACCGACACUGAUGCGGACGAUUUUGUUGACAUAACCAAAUUUUGUGACCGCAAGAAGCGCCAUCGUGAAAACAGUCCACACAAAGCCAGGGCAGGCAAGUCAUCGAAGAGCGCGACCAGAAAAAUCCUGAAGAAAAUUUCAGUGGCUGACCAGAAAAAACUGAAGCGACGGAAAAAAUUGCUUCUCAUGAAGAAGAAGCGCCAGGGGCAGCAACGGAAGGAGGCUGCUCCUGUUGGGAGCUCCCCUGACACCGCGAUGAUGAGAGCAAACAACUGGCCAACGCUCACCAAACUAACUCAGGCCAUCAGGACCAGCAGGUUGAGAGCACAAAAUGGAGGUAACCGUCCUAAGAAGCGCCGCAGGGAGCGGGACAUCAGUUGUGGACCUGAAACGAAGAAAUCCCGCACGGAGGAAAGUGAGGAAAUUGUGCUGGGGUCGGAGGGCGAGGGGUUCAUCCUGGAGUGUGGGGGCAUCUCAGAUGACGACACGGCGGCCAGGUCUUACAUUGUGGAGGUUAUGGAUGCUGGGGACAUGUCAAAGCAGGGUGCAGUGCCCUCAUCUGAUCCUGACUGCACGCUUGUCUCGCGUCACCAGGACGAUGAUGGCCACGCAGAACGCCAUGUCGAAGAGAAGACCACGCACGACAGCAACACUGACGGUGACUACUCAACGCUCUUGUCAAAUGGCCGCGCCAGUUUUAUUGAGUCCCCCAGCACGCUGGACCGUGCACACCCAGUGGAUACAAGAACAGAAGGCCCCCACAGUGGGGCGGAGCGAGGCGGCCCUAAUGAGGGGGUGGAAGGAAGCACCCGCAGCAGGGGACGCGUCAGCUGCGGUAGGGCGAGUCUGUUGGCCAGCCUCAGGAAGGCGAGGCUGGACCAAAAGCUUAGUCUUGUUUUUGGCAAGCUCAUGCACGACAUGGUGCGUGCCAUACUGCACGACAUGGUGCGUGCCAUGCUGCACGACAUGGUGCGUGCCAUGCUGCACGACAUGGUGCGUGCCAUGCUGCACGACAUGGUGCGUGCCAUGCUGCACGACAUGGUGCGUGCCAUGCUGCACGACAUGGUGCGUGCCAUGCUGCACGACAUGGUGCGUGCCAUGCUGCACGACAUGGUGCGUGCCAUGCUGCACGACAUGGUGCGUGCCAUGCUGCACGACAUGGUGCGUGCCAUGCUGCACGACAUGGUGCGUGCCAUGCUGCACGACAUGGUGCGUGCCAUGCUGCACGACAUGGUGCGUGCCAUGCUGCACGACAUGGUGCGUGCCAUGCUGCACGACAUGGUGCGUGCCAUGCUGCACGACAUGGUGCGUGCCAUGCUGCACGACAUGGUGCGUGCCAUGCUGCACGACAUGGUGCGUGCCAUGCUGCACGACAUGGUGCGUGCCAUGCUGCACGACAUGGUGCGUGCCAUGCUGCACGACAUGGUGCGUGCCAUGCUGCACGACAUGGUGCGUGCCAUGCUGCACGACAUGGUGCGUGCCAUGCUGCACGACAUGGUGCGUGCCAUGCUGCACGACAUGGUGCGUGCCAUGCUGCACGACAUGGUGCGUGCCAUGCUGCACGACAUGGUGCGUGCCAUGCUGCACGACAUGGUGCGUGCCAUGCUGCACGACAUGGUGCGUGCCAUGCUGCACGACAUGGUGCGUGCCAUGCUGCACGACAUGGUGCGUGCCAUGCUGCACGACAUGGUGCGUGCCAUGCUGCACGACAUGAGGUGUGUGGGGUGCUCACGCUGUAGCUCCUGCAGCAGCGCCGGCAUCACGAGCUGGCUGCUGCUGCCCCCCUCUACCGUGCGCCUCCCCUCCACCCCCGCCAAGCUCUCCAACAUGGCCACCCAGCCCCCCACCAUCACAGCCUCACGCCCCCACACGCAAGACAAUAAAACUGGCAACUUUAAGCCUACUAAACUACCUGGCGACUUGAGUGAACCCAAACGCCUUGAGGGGGGCGCGCCCCCGGCCACUUCUGGUAUGGGGGUGCCUGCACCUUCGCCUUCUGGGAGUAGCCUCACUCCUCCCCACCACCCCGGGCAGUCUCAUCCCCAGGUCACAGCCCCUCAGGUCACCAAGCCCACGAAUUUCCGUGACUCUGUGGACUGCCAACAAGCUCCCAAGUCCCAGAAAUGCCUCCCGCCCCCCGGGGACGUACAAGUCGCAACAGAGUUGGGGGUUCGGAAGGCGACUGCGGGCGAGGGGACGGGCGGGGAAAACUUGAGGGAGGUGAGAGGAGUGGACGAGGAGCAUGGGGAAGAAGAGGAAGAGAAGCGUGGGGAAGAGGAGGAAGAGGCUGAGGAGAGGUUCGUGGGGCUGUGCUCGCGCUGCGUGCAGCUCAGGGCGAGGAACAACUUCUGCCCGCUGUGCCAGGGCUGCUACGAGGACGACGACUAUGAUGCUAGGAUGAUGGAGUGCGGCCGCUGCAAGGAGUGGGUACACGCGGAGUGUGAAGGGCUGAGCAACGAACACUACCAAAUCCUAAGCUGUCUCCCAGACUCCGUGGACUAUACCUGCCGCCUCUGCCUGGGCCCCAACAACGGCAGCUACUUGGCCUCCAUCAUGGCCGAGCUCAAGGUCGGCAUGGCGCUCGUCCUUGACAAGCUCAUGGCGAGCCGCCACACCCGUCAUCUCGUCCGCCGGGGCUUCUAUCAGGAAGGCCAAUCUUAUGGGAAGCGCCACAGCUCUCCUGGGGUCGGUGGCGGGCACGGCCGCCCUGACGGAGGGGGAACAAGGAAGGCUGUUACCAAAAAAGCCGUGGUCAGGAUUCCCAGGCUACGUGAACUUCCUUCUAAGGGUAGAAGUUCUGUUCAAGGUUCUGCGACGCCGCCGCCGUCAGUUGGUAAGGACGACGCAAUGCAAGCUGCGCUCAACAGUCAAGAGCGUGGCCGUGACCUUCUAUAUAAUUGCGUGCCUCGCGUCUCAGAAACAUCCAGGGUCGGGACCACUACUCUGGGUACCUCAAGGGACGUGAUCACUGCUCUGGGUACCUCAAGGGACGGCACAACUGCUUUGGGUACCUCAGGAGACGGGACCACUGCUCUGGGUACGAAGGAAUCGACACGGUCUCGCCCCUCUCAAGAUUGUGGGAUCAAAGGGCGGUUACCCGGGUCUCUGAGCACGUCCCUCUUAAAAUAUGCUUGCGACACCGGUAGGAUACCGCCUGUAGGCCCUGGCGUGGGCGAAGAGACGCUGGUCAUGAGGUCGGUCCCUGGCGAGCAGUCCAAAAAACGCUUAGCCAAGUCACCUGCAGCUCGGCCAGCUGGUCUGCCUAAGUCAGCUAAGUCAGCUGGUGCAGACGAUGCACGUAGCUCAGCUGGCCAGCCUAAGUCAGCUGGUGCAGAUGAAGCACGUAGCUCAGCUGGUGCAGACGAUGCACGUAGCUCAGCUGGCCAACCUAAGUCAGCUGGUGCAGACGAUGCACGUAGCUCAGCUGGCCAACCUAAGUCAGCUGGUGCAGACGAGGCACGUAGCUCGGCUGUAAAGGACCCAACAAAGUACCCGGCCAUGCGGUCGUGUUCUGUUAGACUCAGGGACAUCUGUCGACGGAAUGAAAUGUCGCUCCUUCAGAACUUGAAACUCGCCCCCGCCCUCGCCAAUUGCUUGCAACCUGCAACUGCCGGUGAGAAGGACGCACAGCCUUCUAAUGCUCCUUCCAAAAAUGGAAUUGGUAACAAUGUAGUAGACACGGAGGCAAAAGAAGUCCUGAAAGAACUUCAAACUGAUAAAAUUAUUGACAGCUUGGAUAAUGUGGCGACGAACUCAGCAGGUCCGUCGGUGACAGCACUUCCUUGCGAACGCAACGAAAACGCUUCCUCAAGACGCCCUCGCGCUUCGAGUUCUCCAGAGAAAGCUCCUUCAUGCGCUGGCAAAGUUGAUCUACCUUCGAGGAUCAGCAAAGACAUUGAUGAUGAUCUUCUGAGUAGCGAGAAUAGUUCUUUCUGCGACUCAGACUCAGAUCUGGAGAGCAUCAUCGAAGACCCCGAUGAGCCCAAGGACCUUCUCACCGUCAAGGAACACCUGGCGGAGCACCGCUACGACUCUGUGCUUCAGUUCCACGUGGACGUGUGCCGCGUCAUCGAGGCGGGCAGGUUCCUCAGCAAGGACCAGACCAAGAACAUCAUGAGUCUCUAUGCCAAGCACAUGAAGGAUUGCUUCCCCUGGUUUGACCUCAAUGGCGUCAACAUCUUCGACCUCAUCGACAAGUACCACCCGUUCCCCAUGCCGCAUGCCGACCACAGCUACGCCGUCAGCGCCCCGCCCUCCAAAGUCAGCAGAACACCGGACACGAGAAACGCCCUCCGCUCCUUACCGCAAUCUCCUUCGCCCAGCAGGACGCGGCUGCCGAUGGUGCCUCACGAGGUUGCGCCGUUGGUGCCCAAAGGCGUCAGGAAAUGCGUGCUCUGCAACGUACUUGACGACGGCGCCCGUGACGUUGAGGGCCGCCUGCUGUACCUCGGGCAGGACGAGUGGCUGCACGUGAACUGCGCUUUGUGGUCCUCAGAGGUGUACGAGGAGGACGACGGCAGACUGCAGAAGGUGUACGAAGCCACCAGUAGGGGACGGAUGAUCAAGUGUAACGAGUGCCUCGAGCGAGGUGCCACCGUUGGCUGCUGCCAUCGCAACUGCAGUGCCACCUUCCAUUUCAGGUGCGCUAGACAAGCUCGCUCUCAGUUCCUCGAAGACAAGCGAAUGUUCUGCGCUGCGCAUGUCAACUCCGAUGACGAGGUCGAGGAAAUAGUCAACUUCCAUGUGAACCGAUGCGUCUACGUCGACAUGAGCUCACAGAAACGAAAAUGGAAGCCCGUGCUUGGGGGUAAAGUCAAUAUAACGAUAGGUUCACUAACCAUACACAGCCUGGGCCGCAUUUUGCCUGAGCUAGACAGUUACGAAGCCCUCAUUCCUGUGGACCUGACAUGUAGUCGCCUCUACUGGAGCACUAAGGACCCCAGCAAGCGAGUGCGCUACGUCUGCAGGACCAAGAGGAUCGUCCCUGACGAGGCCGUCCAUGUCACUCCAAAUCACGACCAACCUCACUUCGUUAUCGACCAUUCAAAGGAUGCCGCGACCGUCGCUCGGCAGACGCAGCUCAUGAAGGACUGGUUCAGGAGGCAGGACGAGCAGGAGGUUGCGCAGGUGUCCCGACAAACCAACAUCAUCCCACCGCAUCUCUGUCCGCUCUACCAACAAAUCUUGUGUCGAAGUAAACGUCAGUUCACUCGGUCAGAAUCUGUUCACGAAUGGGGAACCCCGCGCUCGAGUGAAGAAAGCAAUUUCAUGCAAAUAGCGAAGGAGUUCCUUGACGACAUCUUGGAGAAAGUCUGCAAGUGUUUGGACGAAGAUAGCCUCUUCCUGGAGACCGAGGUGCCCGAUAUCGUCAACUCGGUGGACAAUGAACUGAUCUCGAUGGUCCUGAACGACCUAGAUGGCUGUGAUGCAGGCCUGCCGCCAUCCACGGUCCACUCGCGACUUGUCAGUCCCAUCGACCUGGACUUGUUCUCCAGUCUCAGCUCCGAUGGCGAUCUCACUCACGCCAAUCUAGCCUCAGAUGCCUCACGAGUCCCGGACACCCGCAGCCCCAUCGCUUUUGAUAAUGGCGUCAAUGGCAGCUCUUCAAAUUCUUACUCAUUGAUCCCCGUCAAAAAUACCAAUGAACAUCAGAGUGGCACUUUUGAUGUGCCGUCAGUAUGCGUUACACAAUCUUUGAUAUGUCCCAGUGACCAAAUGACGACGUCGCGGUGCCGGACGUUGGAGUCCCCGCCAAACAUGCGUGGUGACGUCGGCGACCUCAGCGUCCAAGCAAAGCGCCUUGACCAUCCAAAGGUUGAGGAGGCAGUCCUGGUUUCCUCGAAUCCUGAAGUUGGAUUCAAGCCGAUCCACAGUCAGGACAGUUAUGUUUCUACUUCCCCUUCUGAGGGCGCCUGUCAAGAGUCACGGAAUUUUCCACAGAAGAAGACUGUAUGUCCUGACGAAGAUUCCAUAAAUUUUUCUCUGAGGUUGAGAGAGGAAUCAACUUGUCUUGCGCCCUCAGAUGUAGCCUGCAGCGCUGGGUUGUCAGAAGUUAUGCCUACCUCCUCGCAGGGACCACCUCUCUCCGCGCAGGAUGUGGGCGCUGGUGAACAUAGCCGUGUCAGUGUAGAAUGUAUGUCGCCUGAUACGAAGUCGCGACUGAGCCUCACCGCCUGCUCAGACUCUGCUGACGGCCUUCACCCAGCAGCUGAAGCAGCCUCACAACGCCCUGCUGUUAAAUCUAAAAGUCCUUGUACGACUAUUCAAGACCAGAAAUUCCGAGUGAUUUUUCCAGAAGAAAAGUGCGAUGUUGCCACGUCUCUUGCCAGCAACAUCGCCUCUCACAAGCAAGUGUGUCGAGUUCUCCCUAUGGUGAGCAGUCGACGAAGCUCGAGUGAAUCUGCCGCGACUUCUGAUCAAAAUAUCGUCGCCGAAAGUUCCAACCAACAACAGCAGUCCAAGAAAAUCUGCAUGAAGAGGAACUACAAGACAGUGAUCAAGCGCUACCCCCUCCGCAGCAGCUCGAGGAACAACAAGAAGCCUUAUCAGACGGUCAAGAUCGAGAUCAACGAGACGAUCGAGAUACCAGAGGACGAGGGCGCAGCCGCUAGCGUGGUCCGUGAGAGCGUCAAGAGGAAAUGGAACACCCUCGUCGAGAGUGAGGCAGACGACGAAAAUAUCGACGACGAUGACGAAGCAAAUGCGUUGAGUUGCGUGCGAGUGACGCGCGGCCGCUCAGCCGCCAUGACGAAACGUCCCCGUGUCAACUCGUCAUACUCGUCCUGCAGCAGGGACAGUCCUGCGGUAUCCAAGAAGGUAGUCAAGUUCUCGGAUGACAGCAACGACAUCACCGUCAGCAUCGUCAACAACAACAACCUCUGCAAGUUCUCCAAAUCACGUGGCCUCCACAACUACCGCCACAAAACUCUCCUCCAAGUCGACGGGGCUGCGGAUUUCAGCUCGGGAUCUGACGAUGAAGGCACGCGGUCCCGGACCUUGAAUGUUGCAGCGCGGAACUCGUGCGUCGGUGCUGGCAGUUCCCUCAAGCCACCGUGCGAAGAGAAAGCCGCGCAAGAGUCCAGCCUCGCCCUCCGCAUCAAGGAGCAGAGCCUCGCCCACAGCGCAAUUGGGGACCAGGGGCCCUACAAGUGCCACAAGUGCCGCCGCCUCUAUAGGACCGUCCAGAGCUUCGAGCGCCACGUUGAGUCCUGCACGUUUGUGAUCGACAGCUCGAGCUCGUCUGAGGACGACGCCCUUAAAGAUGUUCCUUCCCCUGCCGCUACCACCGCAACACCCUCCUUUGAUGUCAACACCAAACUCCCUUCUGACAUGAAAACCACACUCCGCUCUGACACCACAUUUCUCACCAACCUUGACAUGAGCAUCACUUCCCAGCUGACAAGUUCACUGCCCCGCCACUCACGCUUUGCUGACGUCAGUGCAGGAUUAAGUUGCGCAGCAGCUGAUGCCGGAUGUCUGAGGACGUGGUCGCCACAAGACUCAUCGUCGCAGCGCGCCUGUGCUAGUGAGGCACGUCUAGACUCCUCGUCAGACGUGAGGCUCAGCAGCCUCCCCAACCUAGAGGAACAGACGCCUCGUGUCCCACCGCCAACUGUUCCUCCUCCUCCUCAGGACGUAGGUAUUAAUAAGUUCGUAGCUUCGGCAACAGGGAGCACCAGUGCUGGCCCUGCGUGCGACGCUAUUGAGCCUUCUAGCAAAAAAUUGAAAAUCAUCCCUAUAGCCGUGGCGAGUGUCCAGGCCGACGCGGCAGCAGAAAUGGACUCCAGGUACAGUGUGUCUCCUGCCUCGUCGCCUACGCGUUUCUCAGGUGUCCUCAAGAGGUCUUUCAACCAGCGCCGCUACAGCAACACCAAGCUUGCCAGGGGCACCCGAGCCUACCAAAGUAGGAAGCCUUUGCCCUCUAUCCUCUCUUCUUCAGGAAUUCCUCCGUCACGCCUGCCACAAGCCCCCGCGGUGGCGUCUCGCAUGCCACACCCCCCAAGUGGCAGCGACCACCAGGCACCUCACCAUCUUAUUGACCCCUCACCGCGGAUUUCCUAUGUCGCUUCAGACGCAACGGUGUUCACGCAUCAGAGCGGCCAGAGGCUGACGCCGCUGCCCGUAGGGGGCGCGGGCUCCUCUUCCUUGCAGACCAUACAGACUAGUAACUCCUCGCAGACCAGCCAGCUGGGUGCUGCUGUGGACAACCAGCUGAGUGGUGCUGGGAAUAACCAGCUGUAUAGUAGUGUAAAUAGCCAGCUGGGUGUUGCUGUGUCCAACCACUUGAGUGGAGCUGUGAAUAACCAGCUAGGAGGCACUAUGAGCCACAACCUUGGUGGUACUGUAAAUAAUUACCUGGUAGGUGCUACUAACAACCAGUUUAAUGGGACUGUGAACAGCCACCUGGACGCUGCUGUACCCCUAUCAGGUGACACGCCGCAGCCUCGCAUCACGACAUUCCGCACCUCGCCCGUACAGCCAAUCCAUAUCAGCGUGCCAGGCUACGCCGCGCCCAGCGACACCACAAGAGCCCUGGAUUUCCCUGGCGUUGCUCAGAACGAGGCUCCAAACUUCACCUACAGUCGCCCUCAGUUCCUGACUACGCCGGCGUUCAACACCUUUCCUGCAGGCGACUCAUCGAUGAGCUCUGCUAAUAUCAGGGCUCCUCAGGGCUUCACGGUCCAGUAUGUCAACUCUUUCGGAGACUUGAUACCUACCGUGAACGGUCACAUCGUCACUAGUUACCAAGCAGGACCGUUGGUGGUACAACAGCCACUAUUGCAGCAGCAGCAGCUUGUGCAGCCUCUCAACGCCCACCAGGUCAUGUCAUCAGGCCUGGUGCAGCAAACUGUCAUUUCCAAUGGGGGUGUGAUGCAGCCGACACUCGUGCAGCCUCAGGUCGUGCCCGCCCAGUCCCUGAUGGUUCCUCAAAUGGUCAAUUCUAACAUCACCUACACCAUCAACGCUCCCAAGACAUACGUCAUCAGUCAGCAGCCAGUGAUGCAGCCCCAGCAGCAGCAUCAAGUGAUGCAGCAACAUCAAGUGGUCCAGCAACAGCAUCAGGUGCUGCAGCAACAACCACAGCAUCAAAUGAUGCAGCAACAACAACAGCAUCAAGUGAUGCAGCAACAACCACAACAUCAAAUGAUGCAGCAACAACCACAGCAUCAAGUGAUGCAGCAACAACCACAGCAUCAAGUGAUGCAGCAACAACAGCAUCAAGUGAUGCAGCAACACCAGCAUCAAGUGUUACAGCAGCAGCAGCAGCCCCCCCAUAUCCACAUCGUAGAGCAACACGUUCCUGCCGUCACUCAGACCUCUUCCUCCCUGCACGCCUCGUCGUCAGAGGUCUCUGAUGUGCAGCACCCACAGCUCCCUCAGAGCUGCAGCCAAGCAAGCGAGGGCACAGCGGCCAAGACGACACUCAAUGUAAUGGAUUUUAUGUCCGGGAAGAAAGCCCCGGCGAGUGUCAAUGUUGCUAGCACUCAAGGCAUCCGUUCAAUGGCCUCUGCACCAUCUUCCAGCUCCUCCUGCUCUUCUGUGCCCGCGAAAUCCUUGUUACUGGAGUCCAACCAUGUGUUGACAAGCAAAUUCUUGACUUCACACAGCGCGGCUUCGCCCCAUCCACCAGGAAUAAUUUCCUCCCAGCCCGACAGUAAGAUCCGACAUCGGUCCCCGUUCGGCACAAGCGUCGGUGUCGUCCGCAACGUGGCCACCGUCGCUCCUGCCAUCAUCAACACUCCUGUCCUGAGCUGCAGCGCCAACUCCAAGUCCCCUCAAGUAGAGACUUCAAAAUUGGAAUCCAGGAUUGAAUCCUCUGCUGAAGACUUGUUCGACGAGAUGGAUGGAGAUAUGGGAGGCGAAAGACCGAGACCUACGUACAGCUACCGAGACGCCAUGGUCAGGCCUGUGUUCCAAAAGAAGAAUGUCAGGCUUGAGGCGCUGUUGAAUGAAGUGCAACAGCCGCUGCCGCAGUUUUCCAAACCCAAGGACAUGACUCGGCCUCGAGAGAGGAAGCAAGACUUCAAGGAGAACUCGAAGCCCGAGGACUUGGAGUCGGAAAACGUCCCUACUGUGACACAGUCCUACAAGUUGGUGUUAAAGCGGGACUCGUCUCAGGAAUGUGGAUUCAACGUCCUGCCCGUACAGGGAAUGAACACCGACCUCAUGGAUCACCAGGUCAAAGAGCUCAGGAUAAAAGCCAAGGUUUCUCUCGGACCAAAACGAAAGAAAAUAAUCAUGCCUGUGAAGGAGAGCGAUGUCUUCCUGGCCCCCAAAGACGUCACCCACGACGGUUUGGUGAACGAGCAAACAGCCAACCUCACGCCGCCGCUCCAGAGCCAAACGAGCCUCCCUGACGACCCCAGCCUCUUCGACAAGCCCAAGAGGGCUACGAGCUCCUCGUCCAGCACCGAGCCCUUCAUCGUCUUCGAGCUGACAUCAGAGGACGGCUUCAAGGUGGAGAGCCGCCAUCUUGGUGAGGUCUGGCAGACGGUGUUCGAUGCCGUCACUGCCGCCAGGGCAAGUCUCAAGAUGGCCGGCCAUCUCGCCGACGCUUCCAGGUGUGGUGGGGGCGAGGCCACGUCUGGGCUCCACAUGCUUGGUCUCACCCACAACGCCGUGCAGUACCUGCUGGAGCAGCUGCCUGGCGCCAACGACUGCCACAAGUACAGCUUCCAG